GCGCUUCGAGGGGGCGGAGCGGGUGCGCAGGCCUGCCUGUCCCACCUCCCCGCCCAGCCCCCGAAGGGCAGCCCGGUCCGGGAGCCGCUCCGAAGAGCGCCUGGUCGGGGGACGCAGCAGAGCGGCGGGAUGCGGCAGUCGAGGCGGCUGGGCUGCUGCGCGGGGCUGCUGGUGGCGGCCGUCUUGGCGGGGGCCGCGGGGCUGCUGCUGCUCUUCCGCGACCGCCCCAGCUGCGACCCUCCCCGCUAUUGGCAUGCGGCUGUGGCCGCGGACACCCGCAGAUGCUCGGAGGUCGGCAGGGACAUCUUAAAACGUGGCGGCUCAGCCAUAGAUGCUGCUAUUGCAGCCCUGGUCUGCACAUCAGUCCUGAAUCCACAGAGCAUGGGUCUGGGUGGAGGCGUUAUUUUCACCAUCUACGAUGCACCAACAGGAAAAAUUGAGGUGCUCAACGCUCGUGAAAGGGCUCCUCAAAACAUCACUGAAGGUUUGCUGAAAAAGUGUAGAGGUGGUUUGCUUCCAGGGUCUCAAUGGAUUGCUGUUCCUGGGGAACUUCGUGGUUAUGAAGAAGCUCACCGACACUAUGGCAGAUUGCCAUGGAAGGACCUUUUUGAACCCACCAUUGAGAUGCUUAGCCUUGGGAUCCGGGUAUCAGACGUUUUGAGCCCGUUUCUAACACUCCUAGAGUCUCCUUUGAAGAAUUCAUCCUCAUGCCAAUUGCUUUGCAAUGACCAAAGAGCUGUCCUGAGCAGCGGAGAGGUCAUAGACUGGACAGCCCUAGAGAAGACCCUAAAAGCCGUGGCAGAAAAUGGAGCCAAAGAAUUCUACUCUGGGAGGACGGCAGAAAAGUUAGUGCAAGAUGUCAGAGCUGAAGGUGGCACCUUGACAUUGGAGGACCUCAAGAAUUAUCAUGUUGAACUGAUGAAACCUGUGAAUAUGUCACUGGACAAAUAUACCAUAUUCUCAGCCCCAAGGCCAGCAGCUGGAGCAGUCCUUUUCUUCAUUCUCAAUGUCCUAAAAGGGUUCAAUUUCACCAAAGUGGAUCUGGAAGAGCCAAACAGAAGAGCGAGGGUCUAUCACUACAUUGCAGAGACCUUGAAGUUUGCCAAUGGCCAAAGAGCAAAAUUAGAUGAUCCUAAUUUUUCUAAAAUAAAAGAGGAAGUUCUCCACGAGAUGAUGUCAGAUGCCUUUGCUGACCACAUCAGGCAGUUGAUUGAUGGCCGGGGAGACCACCCAACCAGCCACUAUGACCUGGCCCAGCUGAAAAUGGCACCUUUUGGCACCUCCCACGUGGCCGUUUUGGCAGAAGACGGGAGUGCUGUGUCAGCCACCAGCACCAUCAACCACCCGUUUGGCUCAAUGGUCUAUUCUCAGCAAACUGGAAUCAUCUUAAACAAUGAGCUGGCCGAUUUUUGCAUGAAGCGGUCUAGCAAAAGCAUUUCUCCAGUUACAGGGUACUUGGCAGCAUCUCAUUGGCUACAGAAUCUUCCAGGAGAGAUGCCUCCCUCCGCCAUGACUCCAUCCAUUCUUCUUUCUAAAGAUGGGAAGUCCAAGCUAAUAAUAGGAGGUUCAGGUGGGCCCCUCAUUAUCCCUGCUGUAGCCCAGGCCAUUGUCAAUAAGUUGUGGUUUGGGUACGAUCUGGAUCAAGCCAUCGGAGCGCCCAUCCUCUCUGCCACUGGAAGUGGUUCCAUUCAAGUGGAGAAGCAGUUUCCACUGAACCUCACGACGGCUUUGAUCACCAUGGGGCACUCAGUGCACACUGCACAGCAUGUCAUGAAUGUGGUGCAGGGCAUCUCCCAAGAGGGCUCCUGCAUCUUCCCUUAUUCUGAUCAGAGGAAGCGAGGAGAAGCCUCCGGCUACUAGAAGCCAGAAGAAGCUCUGCUAAACUCUGCGGCAACCUGGUCUCCUUCUCUGGCGGUUCCACCAUCGGCCUCCACAGAGGCUGCUGCAAAGAACUUGGGACGCAUUCCUUUGCAAACCACACGCACACACAGACCAAACUGGGAUCUACAUUUCUCUCUCCGCUUAUCUUCUUGCUGCAACUGGACUUUAUGUCCACACAUGGGCGCGACAUUCAUCCUGUAGAAAAUGAGAAGCUGAGCCACAACUCUUGUCUCCCAUGAGUCCAGAACCUGAGGAACAGGUGUGUUGGGCUAAGCCUUGUUGGAAUAGCCUCUUCUCUGUCCUGAAUCCUCUGUCUGUGGCUGAUGGAAGCCAAGGAUGCCCAGGAAGAAAGACUGAGACUGGCAUCACUGAGCCUUUGGUAUUUGGUAAGAACCCAGGAAUCUCCUGGAAAUCCCCUUCUGCACUGCAAAGCGAGUUAUCCGAAGAGAGAAGACACGCUGCAGCUGGUGUGAUGGAAGCCCUUCCAAGCUCAAGGCUUUGGAAGAAGCUUUUGCCUGGCAAGCAAAUGAGCUAUUGCCCAGGGGACCUGGGGCAACCCUCUCCCCCAAGAGUUGAGUAGGGCCUGCUGCCAAAGCUGUGGAGAAAACCCGGGAGUCAUUAACCUUUGAUGCAGUUACCUUUUGUUUCAGGCUGGGGGGGGGGCUGAUUGCCCUGAGCUUUGCCCUCCACCCACCCUGGGCAGACCAAAGCCAAAGCCACAGCAGGAGCUUUUCCUGUUCUUAUUGCUGAAAGUGAAAGUUAUGGUUUGUUGUGUUCCCACCUGCUGAUUGUUACCGUGAUGGUGCGGGGAAGGAGUGGGAGGCAAAGAAUGGGGGAAUUCCACUAGGAAUGGGAGAGUCAUUCUGGAUUAUGAGCUUUUUAAAAAAAUUAUUUCUUCACGCAGACAUUUGUUCUAUAUAGAAAGUUUAAAAUAUAUUUUCGCAGAUUA